AUGCACGAUCUCAUGCACGAUCUUGCCUUGAGAGUUGCAGGAGAUGAGUGCAAGAUUGUUAAUCUAAAUGAAGGCAGCAUCAAUGGGGGAAUUCGACAUGCAUCAUUUGCUUCACAAUCAUCUUCACCACAAGAAGUGACCUCUAUUCUUGAACCGAACAAUCUACGAACAUUUCUCUCCCUGAAAAAGAGCAGAACAUUUGUACAGAAUGGGAUUCUCUCCAAGUUUAGGCAUUGUCGAGUGUUGGGCUUGGGCUAUGCGCAUUUUGGUGUCCCUACUUCCUUGGGAAAUCGGUCCAAGCACUUGAGAUAUCUUGAUAUUUCUGAAAACCUAUCUAUGGAGAGUAUGCCAAAUUCAAUCACAGAUUUGCUGAACUUACAGACCCUUAAACUCUCCAAUUGCAAGCAUCUUAAAACACUUCCAAGAGAUUUGAAGAAAUUGGUCAACCUGAGACACCUCUUAAUUAAUGGAUGUGACUCACUAAGCCACCUACCAUCCCUAAGUGAAUUCCCUUCCCUAAGGACGUUGAAUCUCAUGGGCUUGGAUGCGUUGGAGUUCCUUCAAGAAAUAAGUUACCCAGAGCAUUCUAAUACUACGCGGCCCUUCUUCCCAUCUCUGGAGAGACUAUCCCUCCUCGACUCUCGCAACCUAAAAGGCUGGUGGGGAAGACGGCAAAUGGUGGGAGCAGAUCAGGAUCGUGCACGGUACAAUCUACAACCAUCCUUCGCAAAACUUUUGUCUGCAGCAAUAUUGGGUUGUCCACACCUGAAUUCAGUGCCACUGUUCCCCUUGAUAGAAUACUUGAACAUUGCUAGCGCGGAGUUGUUGGAACAAGUGAUGGCCGUUCUAGAUUGUCAAUCAAAAGCACCAGUGGAAUCCACGUUCAUCCCUCUCUCUAAAUUAAAGGGUCUACAUUUUGCUGGUGGUGAUUUGGAGCACUCAAUGCUCGAGACUUUACUUCCGGUGCUUAAUAAUCUCGAGUCCAUGAGCCUCAAUGAUUACCCCAAACUAAAGAGUCUCUCUCGUGGCAUGCAGUACCUGUCCUCACUCCAGCACCUUGUUAUUGAUGCUUGUGAAGAACUCGAUUUGUCGAGCCACGAUGACAAGCAUGGCAUCCAGUGGCGAUCUCUCGUGAAACUCCGCAUUGAAUUAUGUGACAAUCUGACGAGUUUGCCCGAAUGGAUUUAUAAUUUCUCUUCGCUCAAAGUGCUUGAAAUUAUUGGCUGCGAGAGUUUAAGGCGUUUUCCUGAAGGGAUUCUCCGCCUCGGCAACCUAGAGGAGAAAGUUAGAGUCAUCGGAAAUGUCCCGCUAGCGGAGAAUAUAUUUUAA